AUAGCGCGGACGGUUCAGCGACAGCUGGCUCUUGGCCACCAAUCGAGCGUGCCAGUAACUAUACUACCAGAAAGGCGACCAUCUACCAUAUCACUUGUCUCCAUAAUGGAAAAACGUUCGGCAGAGUUCAUGCAGAACAUUGCCAGGUAUUUGCCUUUGGGACUUCUGCUAUCUCACCUAACUGCUACAGAAUGUUCAACGACCCGACAUACUCCGAUGCUACCGUUGUCAUCUAUGGCAAGAGUCUACCUGUUCACAAAUGUGUUGUCUGCACGCAAAGCGAAUAUCUGGAAAAGGCGUUUCAGGACUCGUUUGCUGAGGGAAUCUCAGGGGUGCUCGCGUACAACGAUGGUAGUGAGGCCGCCUACUGGAGGGUCUUUGAGUACUUGUACACAGGUGAUUAUCCGGACAAUCUAUCACACGACAUUGAGGAUGACCCUGCGUUGCUGAAAGAGCCUCGCGUAUACGCCCUUGCCGACAUGUUCUUCUUGGAAGACUUGAAAGUGGUUGCUAUAGCAAAGCUUCAGCACAAGUUACAAGAUUUCUGGACCAACGACUCCUUUCCAGAGUGCAUCCGAGAAAUAUAUGCGACUACCCCUGCGAACGAUCUUGGCAUGCGAUCUGCAGUAGUAGAGAUAGCAAAGGAUCACAUCAAAGAACUAGGUAGUAAGAGUAUAUUCAAGGAUCUUAUCCGCGAAGGUGGCGAUUUUGUCGUUCAGUAUUUUGAGAGCGCUAUUUUUCCACCGCCUUCCGCGACCUUCUCUACCCUCCAUCCAAGAGGCGGUUUGUUCGGUGGUCCGUCUAAGGGUUCUGCUACUUUGGGGGGUUUGUGAGAAAACAAAUUAUACGCCGUUGCUUUGCUUGCAGGGCUCCUUGCUGGUUGUUGAGAAAUCGUCCAGCCAGCACAGGGUCGGACUAGCUAGGUUGAUCGCUAGGUCGCAUU